AUGGGAUGCGCGCGUCGCUGCGAUGGUAGACAAGAAUGUGACAAUGGUGAAGACGAACUAGAAUGCACUGAAUGCAGCCACGAGUGCGACGGCAGAUGCUUGGAUGAUAAUCUCAUUUGCAACGGAGUGCCGGAUUGUAGUGACUUGUCUGACGAACUGUCUUGCCCUACCUGCGAUAGCCUCGAUGAUUUCAGAUGUGCAAAUGGCGAAUGUAUAAAUAUCGCCCAUCGCUGCAACGGCCUAAACGACUGCUCCGACUUCAGUGAUGAGAAGAAUUGCAAUAACACCUUGCCAUCAACAGAUGAAUGCAACGACAACCAGUUCCGAUGCCAGGACGGCACUUGCAUCGACAUCCAAUUCUCGUGCGAUGGCAACUACGAUUGUUUCGACAAUUCGGACGAAGACAACUGCCUGCUGAUGCAUCCUUGGGGCUGCCUCUUUUUAUACAAAGAGAUAGUUGAAAUUAUAUUUCCUUUAGGUGGAGACGUGGUCUUCCAAUGCCGUGAUGAAGGUUCUUUGCGUGCUCCCGUACGUUGGAUCAAGGAAGGUGGUAGGCCUUUCAAACCUGGCACUGUUGACCGCAAAGGGCGUUUAGAAAUGACCAAAGUAUCGGUAUCGGAUAGUGGAGUCUAUAUUUGUCAAGCACCUGCAUAUGCCGGCUAUCCUGGCUCCGAAGCUCGAGUCACCUUGGUAGUUGAAAGCGCAUCUCAAGCGCCAAAGUUGCCUUUCACACCGUGCAAUUUAUCUGAGGCAACCUGCGGCAACGGACAAUGCAUUCCGAAAUACGCGGUGUGCGACGGCAAACCCGACUGCGAUGAUAGAUCCGACGAGGAUUCCUGCAAUCUCAAUGGUCAAUGUGAACCGAACCAGUUCGUGUGUGACAACAAGAAGUGUGUGUUGAAGACGUGGUUAUGUGAUUCCGAGGACGACUGUGGUGACGGCUCGGACGAGCGCGACUGCCGCGCGGAGCCCGGCCAAGCGUGCUCGGCCGUAGAGUUCGCUUGCGCCAGCAACCAGCAGUGCAUACCGAAAUCAUAUCAUUGCGAUGGUCAUUUCGAUUGUCAAGAUAACACCGAUGAAAUCGGCUGUGAAAGCUUGGUUUUGGUAUGCGAAGCGGUCGGCGUACCCAUGCCGCUCAUCUCCUGGCGGCUAAACUGGGGCCACGUGCCCCCUAAGUGCACCUCCACCAGUAUCGAUGGUGUCGGAACUCUUACCUGUAAUGAUAUGCAGCCCGAAGACAGCGGAGCUUACUCUUGUGAAGCUAUCAACAGAAGUGGUACAACAUUCGCUGCUCCUGACUCCAUUGUGUACGUCAACAAAACUGACGUCUGCCCAACUGGAUUCUUCAAUAGCGAGGCGCGUUCACAAAACGAAUGCAUUCGUUGUUUCUGCUUCGGCGAGUCGAAUGUGUGCCGAAGCGCUGAUCUGUUCACGUACAACAUGCCGACGCCGCUCGGUGAAGGCGGCACCCGGCUCAUCGGCGUCACACAGACGUACACUGGCGAAGUGCAGAUAGCCUCACAACCCAUCACUGAACAGUACUAUUACCAGUCCAUGAGGAAUGGAGCCACUGUUACGAAACUUGAUCUAGCCUCAUGGUACAAGAGCCCCGACGUGCAGCCUUUCCUUACCCUACCGGAGACAUACAACGGCAACCAGCUCACGUCCUAUGGCGGACACAUUAGAUAUAACCUGUCGCCUCAUUCUACAAGAUUUAGCACCGAUAGCACACCUGACAUUAUCAUCAAGGGCAAGUAUCAGAGCCUGAUCUAUAAAUACGAUGGAGAAAUUUCACGUGGCUCGUACAUCGAGGCUCGUCUUACCCCUGGCAACUGGAUGAAACCUACCUCAAGAGGACCAGAACGUGCAUCUAGGGAAGAUAUCAUGAUGGCUUUGGACAACAUCGAAAUGAUCCUGCUCCGUGCCGGAAUCAAUAACGCCGGUGUCAAUAUCAUCGAUUUCGCGAUGGAAUCAGCACAGCAUAUCAACGUGGGCCUCGGCGCUGCCAGUCUCGUCGAGGAGUGCACGUGUCCACCAGGAUAUGAAGGACUAUCAUGUCAGAAAUGCGCUGCAAAUUACGUACGAGUUAAGAACGGACCGUGGCUCGGCGAUUGUGUCCCGAAGAGGACUUGUCCUGAGGGCACAUAUGGCAACCCUAACAGCGGAUAUGAGUGCAAGCCUUGCCCCUGCCCGCUAACCAAUACUGGCAACAGAUUCGCGACCUCCUGUUCUAUAGGCUCCAACGGUGAUGUUACCUGCGAUUGCUUCCCUGGAUAUGAGGGCCCGCACUGUGAAUACUGCGCGGCAGGCUAUAUCGGAAAUCCGCUGGUACCAGGAGACUCUUGUAAACCCAAGCCUACUGAUAACUGCCACCCAGAAGGCACUAGCGUCGUCCGACCGCCUGACGAAUGCAUCUGCAAAGACAACGUGGAGGGACGCUUCUGCGAUCAAUGCAAAAAUGGCUCCUUCUAUCUCUCACAAGACUUCAGACAAGGAUGUGCUCUGUGCUUCUGUUCCGCGGUGUCUCAGCAGUGCACAAGCAGCACGAACCUACGCAGAAGAGCGAUCACUGUCAGCUUUAAUGUACCUAACGUUGUCAACCAAGUAAAAGUGUACUCCAGCGUUCCUUCCAGCAGUGCCGGUGCUAUCAGAUACAACGCCCCAGUAGAAACGAAACUGCAACCAACCCUAUUACGAGGCGAGGUGAACUUACCAAGUGUUGAUAGAUCAAGACCUGCAAUCUACUACUGGAGCCUACCUUCCAGUUACGCCGGCGACAAAGUGACGUCUUAUGGCGGGUAUCUGAACUAUACCAUCAAUAACGUUUCACCUUAUGGAACGAGGAACAAUGCUGCCGACAUACAACUCAUAAGUGAUGUUACCUUCCACUACUUUGGUAACUUUGAACCAAAUAGCGACGGCACAUUAACUGCGAGUGUUCAGCUUUUGGAAAAAGGAUGGCAGAGACCUGAUGGCAAAGAGGUGUCUCGUGAAUACUUCCUCUUGGCGUUAUCACAUUUGAAGACUAUAUUGAUAAAGGCGACGUAUAACACAAAUGAUGUAUCACCAAUUUCUACCGCGAGUCUUGAGAUCGCAGAGUCCAACGGGAAUGGACCUUUGGCCCUUCACGUAGAACAAUGCGUCUGUCCCGAUGGCUACAUUGGUACGUCGUGCGAGAACUGCGCCCCUGGAUACACAAGGAGUAUGGAGAGAGGAUUCUACUUGAAGUUGUGCGAACCAUGCGAAUGCAACGGACAUUCCACAAUGUGUCACCCAGAGACCCGUGAAUGUUACGACUGUGCCGACAACACUGAUGGUCCCAGCUGCGAGAACUGUAAACCAGGCUAUGUGAAGGAUGCUUACGGCAACUGUGUUUAUGAAUCUUCAACAUCACCUUCAUGCUACUGUGAUCCACGUGGAGCGGAAGGUCCGUGCGACAAUUCAGGUUAUUGCAGUUGCAAGCAAAACGUGGAAGGCCAGUCUUGUGACCGCUGCAGACCCGGUACCUUCGGCCUUGACUCCGACAACCCUCUUGGCUGCCAUUCCUGCUAUUGCUCAGGGGCUACUACUGAGUGCCAUGAAGCUACACACUACUCAAGAAUUCAGCUGGCAGCGCCAGUGUUCGGCGACAAGGUCGGCUACACUCUGAUGGACCUACAAGGCUCCGUGGUCAUCAACGAUCAGUUCGUCUCUGUACCUAUCGAGAGCGAGCUCAGAUAUGUCUUUACCAAGCCCCCGAAUCAGGACUUGUACUGGUCCCUGCCAGUCUUCCCAGGCAACAGAGUAUUAUCUUACGGCGGUACUCUGAUACUCACUCAGAGCUUUGAAACCGGCGGUAUACCGGAUCAAGGCAACGCUGUUGUCAUCUUAGUCGGCAAUGCGAGAUCUAUUUCAUGGACUAGUCCCAACCCCAUACCAUCUGGUACAGCUGUGAGCUACCAAGUGCCUAUGCAAGAAAGUGGUUGGUACCUACUGAACACGCCGACGCCUGCCAGCCGUGAAGACUUCAUGUACAUACUCCAGGACCUCAAGAGGGUCCUCGUUAAGGCUACGCUCUCUCCUAACGUUGCCUCCUCCGCCAUCGCCGACGUCUCUCUGGACACCGCUUCUGAAAUAUAUAGCACUGGCUCUCGCCCUGCCAAGGGUGUCGAGAUUUGUAUGUGUCCGAAAGGUUACUCUGGAACCAGUUGUGAGACCUGCAGGUCUGGGUACUACAAGGAGCCAACAGGACUGUGCAAGCAGUGCAACUGCAACGGCCAUGACUGCCAACUCGGUGCCUACAGGGAGGUUGUAUGCAACUGCCGACCGCCGUACACCGGGCCCAACUGCUCCACCGUUGGUGGAGAGAACAAGAACGACACCUCGUUGCCACCACCUUCACAAUCGACGGUGUCCAUUAAGAUUGCAAACCCACAAAUAAGAAUUCAAGAAGUGGGAAGCUCAGUUAGAUUUAUAUGCGAGGCUCAAAGUCUGUACACUCACAAUGCGCUACGAGUUAACUGGACCAAGGUCGAUGGGUACUUGCCGUUAGAAAGAACCUACGUCGAUGCCCGAACUGGAGAGCUUCUUAUUACGAACCUUCAGGUCACUGACAGUGGACAGUACAUCUGCCAGACCAGCGAUGGAAUAUCCACAGGACAAGCAAAAGCUACUCUUAAAGUACCAGGCAAUCCUAUGACUCUGCCGAUCGUGGCGAUCAGACCUUCCUCUACUGAUUACUACGAAGGUGAUAGGAUUGAACUGGAGUGCCAGGUGUCGGGCAACCCCGCUCCCAGCAUCACCUGGCAGCGAGCAGCUAACAAGCCUGUGUACAGAGCUUCUCAGUACGACACGUUCUUCAUCAUCGAUAAUGCUCUCGAAGAAGAUUCUGGAGAGUAUAGGUGUAUUGCUUCUAACUCUAUGGGCUCAUCAGACAAGUCGGUCGUGAUCACAGUGCGCGCUCGCCCAUCCAGACCGGUUAGGGAGAAACUCACGGUGUCAGCCUCCGCCGCUAACCUAACCGAGGGCCAGAGCACGCGCAUCGUGUGCACGGGCACAGCCAAUGUGCCCGCUGGUACCAUAGAAUGGAUCAGACAAGAUGGUGCUCAACUAUUGGAGAAUGUGCGAUCAGACAACGGAGUUCUGUACAUCGACCGCGCGACCACAGAGAACCAAGGAAUCUACGUGUGCCACUCGAUAUCGACCGAGAUCGGUCCCGUGCCCAUCGUUGUUACCAUCAUCCCUCUGAAUCCGCCCUCGCCCGGUGAAGCUUCCAACAUCACCGUCUCUGAGAAGAGUCUGAGGUUACACGCCGGAGGCAGGGGCUCUGUCGAGUGCAAUCCUACAGGAAACCCCCUGCCUUUGAUUAAAUGGACCAAAUAUCAAGACAAGUUCGGUGCCGGUGUCAGCCAACGGUACAACUCCUUGCUGGUCUCCAAUGCACAGCCGAGUGACGACGUAUGUGAGGGAUCUGUCAACGAUGAGACUAUCGGCAUCAUAUACGUUUAUGUUGCCGUUGAAAAGCGCGAGGCACCGCGCGUCAGCGUGUGGCCGCAAGGAGAACAGGCGGUCGCGCUGGGUAGCCCAUUCAUGCUGAUGUGUCGCCUGCUGGCCGGUGACCCCGAGCCUGUUGUAACCUGGGAGCGCGCCGGCGGCCGCAGCCUAGCGCCACACGCUCAUCUAGAGUCUAAUCACGUGCUCAAUUUCGAAAAGGUGGACGUGAAUGACGAAGGCGAAUACAUCUGCACGGCGACAAACGAUGCUGGCAGUGACCGGUCGAGCACCGUCAUAAAGGUCCGCUCCCCGCCGGAGAUAUUCAUCACGCCCAGCGACUACGUGGAGGCAGUACGCGGCGACUCAGUCACCAUCGAGUGCCGCGCCCGCGGGUACCCCGAGCCCAUGGUCUCCAUCAAGACGAGCCCGGAGAUGCGCGAGGUGGUGCCUCCGUCGCGCGGUAUGGCCGUGCUGCGAAUUCCGUCUGUGAGCGAACGUGACGACGGCAUGUACGUGUGCACCGCCUCUUCCGCCGCCGCUACUAUUGACCAGCAGAUAAUCAUUCGCGUCGACCGCGGUGACGGCGGCCUCGGAGAUUUUGAGGGCAGCGGUGAGGUCGACAUAAAUGUAGACCAACCUUCAAUUUACGAAAACAGACCGUCUAACAGUAUCGCCAUCGAAGGCAGGGACGCGCGAUUAAGUUGA